UUCAGGUGCCUCUGUAACGUAGGCUAUAAAGCAUCCUCGUAGGAAGCGCAGAAAUGUGUGUGAACUUUAUUGCGCUUUUUCAGCUGAGCGAGGAAACUUUCUGGAAUAAUUACCUGGAUCUGAGUUUUCCUUCUUGAAGAACAGCAAACUGAGUGAGAAUGAGGGAAGAACUGGGGAACAGUGGACUCCCUCCAGACCCCCAGGAGAUGAAUCCUGUGGGCCAUCUCAAUCUGGCGUUCACUCAGGAUGAGAAAGCUCAGGAGAACGAUAAAUCUGAGAAGAAGCCAGACGACUCCAAAUCAAAGGACAAGAAAAAGAAGAAAAAGAAGUCAGACAAGGAGAAGAAGGAGCCAGUGAAGGCAGUCGGGCUCUUCCAGCUGUUUCGUUACGCCACCUGUCCAGAGGUGCUCCUGAUGCUAAUCGCUCUUGUGUGUUCUGCUAUUCACGGAGCCGCCCUGCCAAUCAUGUGCAUUGUGUUUGGGUCGAUGACUGACAGCUUCGUGCAAAGUGGGCAACAGUUCAAUUUCACAGGAAACUACACCUUCAACAUUUCAGCUUCAGGCUGUGUGACUUUCCCUGGAGUUGACAUUGAAGGAUCAAUGACACUGAAUUCUUACUACUUUGUUGGGAUAGGAGCUGGGGUGUUGCUCCUCGGAACGUUCCAGGUCAUGCUGUUCCUACUCACUGCAACCAGGCAGACCAAACGAAUCCGGGAGAAGUACUUCCAUGCUGUCCUGCACCAACAAAUGGCAUGGUUUGAUACACAUCCCAUCGGAGAACUCAACACUCGACUCACAGAUGACAUAAACACAAUCAACGAUGGUCUGGGAGACAAGAUCUGCAUAUUUGUCCAGUUCUUCUGCAGGUUUCUUGCUGGUAUAAUCAUCGGGUUUAUCUAUGGCUGGAAGCUAACGCUGGUCAUUAUGUCAGUCAGUCCACUGCUGGCAGGUUCAGCUGCUGUGUGGUCUAAAAUUCUUGCAACUCUUACCGGUAAGGAACUGUCAGCCUAUGCUAAAGCUGGAGCAGUAGCCGAGGAGAUACUUGUGGCCAUCAGGACUGUCGUGGCCUUUAAUGGGCAACAGAAAGCUCUUGAAAAGUACGAAAAGAAUUUGGAGGAUGCAAAGAACUUUGGAGUGAAGAAAGCUAUCACAACAAAUGUGUCUAUGGGCAUAACACAGUUCUUCAUAUUUGGAACUUAUGCCUUGGCCUUUUGGUAUGGCACCAAACUGUCUGUGGAUGAACCAGAAAAUUACAGCAUUGGGAAGGUCAUCACUGUCUUCUUCUCAGUGAUGAUCGGAGCGUUCUCUUUAGGUCAAGGAGCUCCCAAUCUGGAGAGUGUUGCUAAGGCCCGCGGUGCUGCAUAUUCUAUCUACAACACCAUCGACAUGCCUCGUCCCAUUGACAGCAGUUCAAAGGAGGGUCACAAACCAGACAGUGUGAGAGGAGACAUUGAAUUCAAGAACAUACAUUUCAGCUACCCUUCCAGAAAGGAUGUGAAGAUCCUUCAGGGGAUGAGUCUGAAAGUGCCCCAUGGGAAGACGAUUGCACUGGUAGGGGCUAGCGGUUGUGGGAAGAGCACUACCAUUCAGCUGCUACAAAGGUUUUAUGAUCCAGAUGCAGGAGAGGUGACCCUGGAUGGUCGAGAUAUCCGGUCUCUGAAUGUACGAUGGCUGAGGGAGAACAUGGGCAUUGUGAGCCAAGAGCCUGUUCUCUUUGGCACGACCAUUGCUGAGAACAUCCGCUACGGCCGUGAGGACGCUACUGACCAGGAUAUUGACCGGGCCGUGAGAGAGGCCAACGCCUACGAGUUCAUCUCCAAACUACCAGAUGGGCUGAACACCAUGGUGGGAGAAAGGGGAGCUCAGCUGAGUGGUGGGCAGAAGCAGAGGAUUGCUAUCGCUCGUGCUCUGGUCAAGAACCCCAAAAUUCUCCUGCUGGAUGAAGCCACUUCAGCCUUGGACACACAGAGUGAGGCCAUCGUGCAGGCUGCCUUAGAUAAGGCACGAGCAGGUCGCACCACUAUAGUGAUUGCCCACCGGCUUUCCACCAUUCGCACUGCUGAUGUGAUUGCUGGCUUUAAGGAAGGUGAAGUGGUGGAACAGGGAUCUCAUAGAGAACUCAUGAACAAGAAAGGAGUCUACUACUCUCUCGUCAUGCAACAGACUAGAGGAGGAACUGGUGACGAUGAUUAUGAAGAAGAUGAUGACAGUUUUUCAGAAGGGGAAACAAGUCAAGAAUCUUCUGACACUGACCAUCAUGAUGACUUGAUGGAAGUGAAAAUCGAAAACGGUGGUUUUGAGAGAAACUCAAUAAGGCGCAGUGUGCCUCUUCAAAGGAAAUCAUCAAAAAGGAAAUCAGGGAAGAAGAAAAAUUCUAAGAAGGACAAAAAGUCCAAAUCUAAAAAAGACAAGAAGAAUGAGGAAAAAGUUCCAGAGAUCCCUUUCGGCAGGAUCCUGGCUCUAAACAAGCCUGAGUGGCCCUAUGUGAUGGUGGGAACUCUGGCCAGCCUUGUGGGAGGAGCUGUCUACCCCUGUGUGGGCAUCCUCUUUGCCAAAAUCAUUGGUGUGUUUGCUGAAACUGACCCUGAAGUGAAGCGACAGAAAACUAUGAUGUUCUCUCUUCUGUUUCUCCUUGUUGGAGCUGUGGCAUUCAUCACCUACUUCUUCCAGGGAUACAUGUUUGGGAAGUCUGGGGAGAUUCUGACCAUGAGGUUAAGGAGUCAAGCCUUCAAAGCCAUUCUGAGACAGGACAUCAGCUGGUUUGAUGAUCACAACAAUGCAGUGGGAGUCCUGACUACUAAAUUAGCCACAGAUGCAUCACUUGUUAAAGGGGCAGCAGGAUCUAGAAUAGGUCUGGCAACCAGCUCAGUGUGUGCCCUGGGCAUCUCAGUGAUUAUAGCCUUUUGCUUUAGCUGGCAGCUCACACUUCUUAUCCUUGCCUGUGUUCCCUUCCUUACUGGAGCCAACUUCAUCCAAAUGAGAGCUAUGCAAGGCCACGCCUCCAAAGACCAGAGUGCCCUGGAAACUUCAGGCAAGAUAUCCACAGAAACUGUUGAGAACUUCAAGACUGUGGUGGCAUUAACAAAAGAAGACGUCUUCUUCCGCAAGUUCAAUGACAGCCUCGCAGAACCAUACAAGUCUGCCUUGUGUAAAGCUCCUAUCUAUGGGAUCACCUUUGCCCUUGCUCAAGCAAUCCCCUACUUGGUCAAUGCCGCAGUCUUCCGAUUUGGAGCCUGGCUCAUUGCACACUGCCACACUCAGUAUGAGAAUGUUUUCCUGGUGUUUUCUGUGAUCAUCUUUGCUGCCAUGAGUAUUGGCCAAUCCUCUUCAUUCGCCCCAGACUUUGCCAAAGCCAAAGUGGCAGCUGGAAGGAUCUUAUCCCUGCUUGAAAAGACACCUGAGAUUGACAUCUAUAGUGAAGCCGGUGAUAAACCAAUGAAUUUUAAGGGAGACAUCGAGUUCCAUGAGCUGCACUUCUCAUAUCCGACACGGCCAAACAUUAAGAUUCUGCAGGGUCUUAAUGUGUCAGUGAGACAAGGACAGACAUUGGCCCUGGUUGGAGGCAGUGGUUGUGGGAAGAGCACAUCUAUCCAGCUACUGGAACGCUUCUACAACCCUGCUGGAGGGCAAGUGUUUGCUGAUGGAAUGGACACUCGAAUGCUGAACCUCGCCUGGCUGCGCUCUCAGCUGGGCCUGGUGUCUCAGGAGCCCAUCCUGUUUGAUUGCACCAUUACUGAGAAUAUCCAGUAUGGAGACAACAGUCGAGUGGUCAGCCAGGAAGAGGUUGAGGAGGCUGCUAAAAACGCCAACAUUCAUGAGUUUAUUCUGAACCUGCCUGAGAGAUACAACACACGUGUGGGGGAUAAAGGAACUCAGUUGUCUGGAGGGCAGAAACAGAGGAUAGCCAUUGCGCGAGCUCUGGUCCGCAACCCUAAAGUUCUGCUGCUGGAUGAAGCAACGUCAGCCCUGGACACCGAGAGUGAGAAGAUUGUUCAGAAAGCUCUGGACGACGCUCGACAAGGACGAACCUGCAUCGUCAUCGCCCACCGACUGACCACCGUCCAGAACGCAGACAUCAUUGCAGUCAUUCAGAAUGGCCAGGUGGUGGAGCAGGGCAUGCACAGCGAGCUAAUGGCUAAACAUGGGGCGUACUACGCUCUCGUCAAUGCACAAGUGUCCCACUAACUGUCCUUCUGCUACUCUUAAUGUUUAGGACAUUAUUGCUGGUUUACGCACAAAGUUCUACAAUAUACCAAUGGACUAUAAGCUAUCAUUCUACGCUUAUUUUUUUCAAUGUUUCAACACAACACAUAGAAUUCAAGAUAUCUGUUGUUAAUUUAGAUAUAGCACAUAACAAAUUUUAGCUCAGUUUAUCCAACAUGUACAUCCUAAAUACCCAUAUAACCACAUUUCCAUGCAAUGACAAUGUGCUUUUUGUUCAAAGUGACCUCAACUGUUUGUUGUCGUUUACAUAUUUCAUGAUUCCUUAGCUUAACUUGAUGCAUUUGUUCUGUAUCCAUCACUGUAUGAUAUUAUUUAGUAAGACUAUGAAACAUCACAAUCUGUAAAUGUAGAUGUACAGUUUAUUACUCAUUCUGUUGUAUAUUACAACCUUUUUAUAACCAACUUUUUGUGCAGUUUGAACAUCCUUUUGGAUUUAGGAAGUUAUUGUUUUAAUGUAUGUAUAUAAUAUUAACAGCACCUGCCUUGUAUUGAGGAAGCCCCCCUUGUGCUCCCUCAAUAGGUUUGGCCAUUUGAGUUAUGGACUCCAUAGGACCUCUGAAUGUGUCACACUUAAAAACACGCUAUUUUCUAAAGUUUUACUAUAUUUAAGUAUUUUUAUCUCAGCCUUUUCUACCUGAUUUUACCUUGUAUUCAUUGACUUGCAUUUAUGCUGCUGUAACAAUAAUUUCACUUCACAGAUUAAAAAAGUCUUUUAUCUCUAUUUUUUCAUUAAAAGUGAUAUUUUACAGUCAUGAAAGUGUUGGGAUUUUGUACAGUGUAUUAUUUCUUCACAAUGUACUACACAUACAAAAGUCUAUAAUUGUCUAUAUAUAAUAGAAUAAAAGUAUAAUAUGAA